AUGCUACGGCGCCCUGGGGAAUAUGAACCGCCGAUCGGGAAAUUGUGGACCAGGUUCAUUUUAUAUCUUGGUUCUCUUGUGAAUCUGAAUCCAUGGAUGGAACCUAAACAGGUUUUCCUGCUCUUUUGGAAAGGGAAAAUGAAUUUUAUACUGAUAUUAUUCUGCAGUCUGUUCAAAAUUCCUUACGGAGUCUUCUGGUAAAAGAUGUGCGUCUUCGUUGCUGGAUUUAGUUUUAAAAUUUUAUAGUAUUCAAAUAAGAAGAGAGAAAGUGUUUCUAAAAACUUCAUCACGUGGCUCUCUCGCAUUUUCUCGGAGCUUGGGAUUAUGGGCAAAAGAAAAUUUUUGUAUUGUUUAAAAAAGACAGUCUGAACUUUGAAAUUUUGAGACAAGAGUCGCGCAUAUGGACAAUAGUUAUGUUCACGGGGACCUGCGUCCUGUACGCAUCUCGAGCAGCCCUUCCGAUCUGCGCAGCAACCGUUGCCAAAGAAUUCAAUUGGAACAAAUCUGACUCUGUACGAUGCAAGGGGAAAGUAAAACCUUAUAGAGAGAACUUCAGGGGACGGUAUUGUCUUGUUUUUUCUGGGGAUAUGCGCUGACGCAACUGUUCGCUGGACCGAUGGCUGACUCCGUUGGAGGCGAAAACGUUUGCAAGUUUUUAUAAAUGUCUAUUUAGAGCAUUCCUGAAAUUGUCAGCACUAUUCUUAUCCCUGGAAGGAAGAAAAAAAAAUAGAACAACUGAUAGUUUCAGAUCUUGCCUUAUUCAACGUUGGCUUGGACAAUCCUGACGUUUUUCACCCCGCAGUUAUUUGAUUUUGCUGUUUGGACGAACCAGCCCCUCUUCUUUCUGUUGCUUGUUCGCGUCUUGACCGGAAUAGGACAAGGUAGAAUAUUGCCGUGUUUUUUUUUUACCAAUUCAUGUUCUUAUAUAAGUUCUAUCAUUUUUUGAUUAAAGCUUUUCACAUGCCUUCGAUGGCUUCCAUGGUAUCUCGCCACUUGACAGCUAGUGACAAAGGACGAGUUUUCGGAAUUGUUCUAGCCGGAUCUCAUUGCGGGUUGGAUACAAUUGGAUCUUUAGCUGUUUUUAUGAUAAAAAUUAAGAACUGUUCUGGUCGGAGCGUUUGGAAGUAUUUUGUUGGAAAAAGCUGGUUGGCGUGCUUUGUUCCAGUUUUGCGGUAAGAAUACAAGUUGACUUUGGCGAUAAGACACGAAAAAAACUUAGAAAUAUUGUAAUAAUAUUGAACUUUGGAAAUUUGAAAAAAACUCAUUGGAUCGAGGUCCAAUUAAAUUGCUCUGAACAUCCAUAAAUAAUUAUCUUUAAAUUUUAUUGAAGGAACAUGUUUGUUUUCGUUCUACUCUUCACUGAAGCCUACAAAUUCCGUUUUCAUUAAGGGAUCGUGUCGCUUUUGUGGUGUUGGUGCCUUCGCUGGUGUCUGGAUCACGGACGUUCACGAAGGAUUUCCCCGACUAGCGAAGACGAUGAAAUGCUGAAAAAGGUAGCUCUCGCAGAAAUCUUUGCAACGUCGAACAUGAACUUAUUCAGAGUGGAGUUGAAUCUCACAUUGUCAAAAAGACUUUGGCUGUGCCAUGGAGCGCUUUGUUCAAGCAUCCGGCUUUUUGGUGUGUUUUUUCGAAAUUUAUUUUCUUUUCUAAAACGGCCUUUCAUAGGUAAAGAGAAAAAGACUAGGAAAAAAUAUCAAAUUGAUAUGAUUGUUGACCAAUAAUUUUUCAUAAGACCUUCCGUCAAAUUUAUUCAGUGAACAUUCUCUGCUGAAUCAUGGAAUAAAUGAAGAGUCGGAUUGUCAGUUUGCGGGAUCGCGUUGACCAAAUAUGGCUCGUAGAUGAUGAUUGAUCAGAGAAUGUUUUCUGAAGACUGAAGAAACUUGUGAACUUUCCGUCAGUUUCAUUGGGUUAAGUUGUUUUUGUCUUUAUAGGCUAGCAUCAGAACUUUAUCAAGAUUUUUUCUUCAGGGCGGCUGCUAUCGCUCAGUAUACGGGAGCGAACGCCUACUUCACGAUGUUCAACUGGCUCCCGAGCUACUUCCACGAGGAAUUUCCAACUGCGAUGGGCUUUGUCUACAACGUUGUACCUUCUUCGGCCGUCGUCGUGACGUCACUCAUCGCUCCCUAUAUCGCAUCUCGACUCAUGUCUACAGGACGAUCCACAACUGCCACGAGAAAAAUUAUGGAGGUCAAUAAGAUUAUUUUUUAAAUGUUGGUUUAGUUGAACGUGUAUUUUCAUAUCAGGAAAGUCAUCGCUAGCGGUUUCACAAAUAUUGGGUGGAAUAGAAAGAAAAAAGAUUAAUUUUUCAGUGUGCCAGCCUUCUGGGCGUCGCUGCUUGUCUCAUGUUGGUUCCUCUGAUGUCCUCUUUUCCGAUGGCCUUGACAAUUUUCACGAUGGCGAUGGCUUCACGAGGACUUCACCACGGAGGAGUUUCAGUAAAUCCCCACGAUUUUGCUCCGAAUCACACCGGCUCAGUUUUUGGUAACUUUCCUGUCCGCAACUCUGUGAAUUUUAGUCUUCUUAAGGUAUUUUCAACGCCUGUGGCGCGAUCACUGGCUUCGUAGGUGUGUUUUUGGCAGGCCACAUUCUGGAAGCCAGCGACAACAAUUGGUCUCUCGUAUACUUAGUCACUGCUGCGCAAUGCGUCGCUGGAGCUCUUGUCUAUGCUCUUCUAGGAACGGCAAACAAAAUAAUCUAA